AUGUCUCAAGGAGAUGCGAACGAUACUGAAUCAGAGAACAGCCAACCAGGCGAAAAGUCUCAUCCUCCUCUGACAACAAUCUUCACUCCUCCAUCUUCCUGCCAUGAUACAGUCACAUAUGAUGGCACGACACUUUGGCAGAAUGGUAUCAGCCAAAUGGGCGACGCAGGCUGCUAUCCCACGAAUUUCUACGAGGAGCUAUUCAACAACUAUUACUCACCAGGAAUAUGUCCAGAUAGUUGGACCAGUGUUGGAGCCAUAGAUCACUCCUCUGGCAAUGAUGCAAUGUGUUGUCCAAAUGGCUAUUUCCUCACGACCAGCGACCAAGGCAUUCUCCGGAAUUACUGUUUUUCGCUUUUCAAUACUCCUUUGACGAAGGUAUAUUCGAUGCGUUCGCUCCAGUCCGGCUCGAUACCGUCCAACCCAAGCUUGACUACCAUAAGUCCUGCGAAAGUGUCAAAUACGGUCUAUGCGGAUGUAAUCCAAGUGCAGUGGCAGGACAGUGACCAAAAUAUCAUCCAAUUGAUGUCUCAAAAGGAUGCGGAAGCUACCAUGCAAAGCUCAUCUUCAAGCGCGAGUCCCGCGUCUACAACACCCGCAGCUGCCUCUCAAACCAACGCACCCACAUCCACAGCCGCGCCCACAUCAAGUGCAGACAGCGGCCUUUCUUCGGGCGCAAAAGCAGGUAUUGGAGUUGGUGUCGCCCUUGGUGUCCUUGCCAUCAUGGCGUUGGCGGCAUUUCUCUUCCUCCGCCGCCGAAAAAGGAGAAAGCCUCACGAUCCCGCUUCAGAGUCUACGCUGAAGGAUUGGAAGGGCCCUGCUUAUCAUGAGAUGGACCCCACUCAGACUGGCUUGCCACCCCAAGAAAUGGACGCUAGACAUAUAUCAGAAGCAGCUGGCUCAGUGCCGCCAAUUGAAUUGCCCGAGCGAGGAAAUAGUCGAAGGGGCGUCAGGGACAGUAGUAAUAUGAGCGAUGCCCCAAUAUCAUCACUCGGCAAAAGUCCUUUUGGGAGUCAGAACAUAGGCAAUGGAACAGACAGGAGCGUUUUCGGAAGUCAGCACGCCAGGCGUGGAUGA